AAGUAAAGGGUGGCUCGGACGCGGAGCUUGCAUUUAAUUUGUUUAACUUUCAACUAAACAUCAACUGAAAACAACCUCAUCAUUCCUGUUAUCAUACCCUAUUCGUUAUUGCUUGUUAUGACAAGUACCCCUCGUGGCGUUUGUUAGUGCUAUUUGUGGCUGUGGUGUUGUAAAUCUAAAUGCAAAAUUACUUAUAGCGGUCUAUUAAAUAAAUCCAAUUGUUGGUUAACACAAAUCCCAACACGAUGGAAGAAGAAUCUGUUGUUAAAAAGGAUCCGGUUGGAGGAAACCCGUGGGUAAUAGGUGGUCCCAUCGGUAGUCGAUCUUGUGUUUUGCAUUUCCGGUGUGGAGCGUUGAGCAAAGCUCCUGUUGCUCCGCCUGCGGAUGUUCUCCAUAUGACUUACAAGACGUACCAAGCCGAGACGAAACUACUUGCCGCCGUUCUAAGCACUCAUGGACUUAGAGAGGUUCCGCAAGACUUUACAGACUUCAAUCUGUUGUGGACCGGAGUUCAUCCCAAACCUCAAGUACUCCGGUCUCUCAGCAGUCAUCAACGGGUCAACCAUUUCCCCAGAUCCUAUGAACUGACAAGAAAAGAUCGGCUUUACAAGAACAUAGAAAAGAUGCAGCACGCCAAGGGAGUGAAACACUUUGAUUUCAUACCUCAGACGUUCGUAAUGCCCGGGGACUUCCGGGAACUUACGACUUGUCACUACCGAACCAGGGGACCUUGGAUAGUCAAACCUGUGGCGUCCUCACGGGGCCGAGGGAUUUAUAUUGUUAAUUCUCCUGACGAAGUGCCUUUGGAAGAGUCGCUGGUGGUGGCCAAGUACAUAGAGAACCCGCUACUGGUGUCCGGUCACAAGUGUGACUUGCGGCUGUACGUGGCUGUGACCUCUUACGACCCUCUCAUGGUGUACCUGUACGAGGAGGGGCUGGUGCGACUGGCCACUGUGAAGUACGACAACAACCGUAAACAUCUGUGGAACCCCUGUAUGCAUCUGUGUAACUACAGCAUCAACAAACACCACUCUGACUACAUAAAGUCUGAGGACCCGGAGGCUGAAGAUGUCGGACACAAAUGGACUCUGAGUGCCUUGUUGCGACACCUCAGGUCUCUCAACUACGACACGGCCUUGCUGAUGCAGCGGAUAGAAGAGGUCAUCAUAAAGUCUCUCUUGGCCACUGCACCGUCCAUCAUCGUCGCUUGCAAACUGUUUGUCCCUUCAUAUGUUAACUGUUUCGAACUUUACGGGUUUGACAUUCUGAUAGACUCGGAGCUGAAGCCGUGGCUUCUUGAGGUGAACCUGUCUCCGUCGCUGGGCUGCGACACUCCACUAGACACCAGGGUCAAGUCUGCGUUGUUGGUAGACCUGCUUACGCUGGUGGGAUUGCCAGCGGUGGAUCCGGUCGUGCGACCGCCCACACGAGCUCACCGUCCGACCACUGCGCCUCACCUCACCACGUCUCGCCGUGUACAGUCUGCGGACUCCCUGCCCAACGUGAAGCAUCGUGUACACAGCGCUCCGUCACAUUCCCACAGUCUCACAGCUGAAGAGGCCCGCGUAGUGAGGUACGCCAAGGCGCAGUACGAGCGACGCGGAGGCUUCAUACGCAUCUUUCCCUCCGCCGAGAGUUGGAAACGCUACUCAGCAUAUCUCGACCCAGUGACAGGCAUCCCAUCAGUACCUCCAGGCACGCAGUGGUGUGUUCCUCCCAACCACAACAUCAACUUGACACUUCACCAACAGCUGUUCCCCGAUUCCAUCACGUCGCUGUUGCCAUCGGUGAUCAGUGCCGAGCGUCUGUGUCGCUACGAGCGAGCGCUCAGUCGGGGACACCGCAGCAGCUUAGAUGAAGCGCAGCAUGGAACAGUGACCAACGACACUCAACAGGACACUCAGUUGGAUACUAGAGUGCUCAAACAGGAACUCGUCAAGUGCCUGAACGAUGGGUUCAAGCUGAGUAAGAUCCAGGCUCGGCAGGCGUUCGGACAGUACCUGCAGUGUGUUCUGGGCCGCAUGAGUGGACAAAGGACCAAGGCCAAGUUGAGGUUUGACGACGGAGACAGUGAACUCAUCCUUCGCUUCUUGCAGAGAGCGAGUCACAACCUGCGCACAGCUUAUCAUGUCAAGCCCCCCAACAGGAGCCUGGUAGGCAAGGACCGUGUUGCUAUUGUAGCCAAGAACCUCAGUGACUUUCUGUACAUAUACAACAGAGAGACAGAGUCCAUGUCUUUGCCUACAGACACCAACAACUUUGUACCAAACAGACUCUUCACCCUCUUCCUGCAAGUGGCCAAAGAGAGUGACCUAGAGCAGAUCCUAGUGUUGAACACACAACUACACAAGUGUGCCCAGGUACUGCUAGGCCAAUGUGGCAGUCCGUCAGUAACCAAACUGCAAACUCAGAGUCUUCUGCACAGCAUCAGCAAACCACUCAACCCUCACGAGAAGGCCACUUUCCUCGACUGUGAUUGUAACAAGAAGAGUUUCCCUCAGUUGCUGAGUGGAAACAAAGAGAACGUGCGAUCACAUCCCAAAGUUUCCAGAGCUCUAUAGCCACCGCUAUCUUCUUCAGCUUGCAUUUUAGCUUGGUAGUUCCUAAAGCGAGCCAAAGAUAAUGAGAUUACUAUAUCAAAUAGUUUUUGACAAUCCAAAACUGUAGAUUGAUGGUUAGAAUUGUCACUAUAUAAUUACUUAUUUUUUUAAUGUUGUGUUAUGAAUUUUUAUUAUUUUUACAGCUUGAUUUUAAAGCCUAAGUAAUCUCUUUAUGUGGCUUGGAAUUGUUGCAAGUUAUUUGAUGCCUUACUUUUUUACUAUUUAUUUAUUUAAACAUUUUCAAUUUUAGACUAUUAUUUACGUUUUAAGACCGAGAAGUGUACUUAUGUUGGUUGUGUUGUUACGUUUUUGUAAAGAAUGUUAUUUUAUCUAUUUUGCUUUAUUUAUUGUAGGAUUUGAUUUGUAUUUAAGAGUCACCAUGUAAUGUUGCAAUUAAAGUGUUUUAUAUAAUUGAAACUGUACAACAAUUUUAAAUUGAGGCAGCUAAAAAGGUUUUUGUGCCCCUCCU